AUGGAAAUUCCUAGAUUUAAGAGGAGGAAAUCUGAGAGCAUAGAAGUCGCAGCCCACGAUGAUGCCGUAAGAAAGGCAAACAUUUGCGAUACCACAGUAGACCAGUCGAUGGAAUGUUUAUCAAGUUCCAAGCCGCUUUUUGCUCUUAAGUAUGACACGUGCUUUGGAAUGAUCAAAAUCGAGGCGAAAAGCUUAAGAUCGGAGCCUCUGGAGGCUGAUGGAGAGAAUUUCGUCGAGGUCUCACUCAGCAUUGAGGGUGACCAGCUUAUUGCACGCAACAUUGUAACACAUGCAUACGGAGGAUUAUUCGCACGGCAGCAUCGAUCAACACUCGCCCUCAGAGAGCUUUAUGAGCAUCACGGCGCAACACUCCGAGCCUGGCUGAUUCGCGGUGAUGCUUCAACACGCAAGAAGCAUGUCUACAACUUAUUCGUAGUUAUUUAUGGCAUGUAUGGCCAAAGAGAUGCCAUUGGAGAUGCUUUGGACUGCGCAGAACUGUUUCUUCAGGACCCCCCAGAUCAAAUGACAGGCGACCAAUCUGUACCAUAUUUUAACCCUCAUCGUCUGUACAAUCCGGCAUUAGGUAACGGAAUGAAACAACCUGACGAAAGCGACGCUAUCAUACCUGCCAGGGUUGAAAAGCAACAGAAAAUCCUCUAUGACACGGACCCUCUGAAGCGAAGACUCCAAGAGGUCAUGGAUUCGGCAUGCGCACUUUCUAUGAUGGUGGAAAAGGAGAAUGGGGACAUCGACGAGAACGCAUUUGACUCUGUAUGGAAAGUCAUGAGGCAACACGACAGUAUCAAAUACAAGAACACUGUCACUGGAUCUGUGCAGACGAACUUUCCACGGCUUUGUCACGGUGGCAUUCUUGCUGAUGAAAUGGGACUGGGGAAAACUCUCACAAUCAUCUCCCUGAUCGCUGCAUCGAAAGACUGGACCGAGUUUGGAGCAGACCGCUCCUCAUCUCCUGAAACGACCCUAGUUGUCACAGCAUUGUCAUUGUCAAAUGAGAUGCCGAACAAAGCCCAGGAGACUAUCGCGGGCCGCGGAAUCGCCUCUAUUGAGUGGCUACGUGUAAUUCUCGAUGAAGCACACGAAAUUCGCAACCGCUCCACAAGACGAUUUCGAGCCACCUGUGCCCUGAAAGCUCGCUUCCGCUGGUGUCUCACGGGGACACCGAUCUUCAAUCGGGUUGAAGACCUUGGCUCCUUGAUUGGGUUCCUUGGGGUCCAUCCAUUUGACUCAUCCUCGAUAUUCAACUCCCAGAUCACAAAUCCUGUGGUCAAAGGAACACCGAAUGGGUUAGAGACGUUGCGAAAGCUCGUUCAUGCAACGUCUCUACGAAGAAACAAAGACUCGAUUCGUGACGAGUUGCGCCUUCCCGGCCGCAGAAUUGUUAAAGAGUUUGUACAGUUGUCCAGAGAAGAACAAAGAGACUAUGACUUGCUGAAAUCCAGAUACGCCUCUAUCCUCGACGAAGAUGACGGGACAAAUAUCGCUCGCCGCUAUACGGCUUCCGUCAUGCAGACGAUAGCGCGGCUAAGACAAUUCUGCGACCAUGGACUGGAUCUCUUGCCAAAGAAGAAAAAGAUUCCUGAACAGGAAACAAUGGUCGAUAUCGUGUGCAAUCUUUGCGAUCUGGAUACGACAAGAUCCGGUUCGAAUAGCCCUCACCAGGAAACUAAUUACGCUGUGGCCAAAAGUGAUUACAUGCCAUCGUCAAAGGUCCAGGCAUUGCUUCGAAAUUUGGUGUCAGUGGGCCAAACCUCCCCCACUCAACCAAUCAAGAGCGUUGUGUUCUCUUGCUGGAUCAAGAUGCUCGACUUGAUACAAAGGGCCCUGGUCUCCCAGGGACUAGACUUUGUAAGAAUUGAUGGCAGCAAGACAGAGAGAGCACGUAGAGAGGCUAUUUCCAGAUUCAGGAGCGAUCAUGACUGUGGAAUCCUUUUAGCCACGAUUGGAAGUGCCGGUGUCGGACUUGAUCUCACUGUCGCCAGUCAUGUGCACAUUGUUGAGCCUCAAUGGACUCAGACAGCCGAGAACCAAGCCAUAGAUCGUGUCCACAGACUUGGCCAAACACAGGAAGUUAUUGCCACGCGCUACAUAUAUGUCUUGACAGUUCAAGACAAGAAGUCUGCUGUUAUGCGCGAGGCAUUUGAUACCGAUGGGGUGGAAAGCGUGAUAAGCACACGAGAAAGGUUUCUGCAGGUAUGA